AUGGACGCUUUCGCUAUCGCUCAGUAUGAGAACCCGGAUGAGCUGAAGAUACGCAAGAACCGCCUCGGCGAAUUCGACCCGGCAUUCAAGCGUAAGCGGACGCGCGAUUAUGACGACGAAGAUGAGGAGGACGAAGACGAGGACGUUGAGCCGAAACGGCGCAAGAGGAGAAGUGGGAGUGAGAGCUUUGAUGAGGGAAGCGACUCCGAGGGCAACACAUGGCAGAUGGGACACGUAGAAAAUGACGAUGACGACGAGAGCAUCGACUCUGACGAAGCCUUUGGCGAGAGUGACGAGGAACGCUUCGAAGGCUUCACGUUCCGCGGCAGUUCAAAGAGCCACAAGGGCAAGGCGAAGAAGUCUAAGAGACAACAGGAUCUUGAGGACGAAGACGGAGAUAUCGAUCUGGAUGAAGGCGACAGUGCAGAUGGCGAGGACGAGGAGGAAGACGACCUUGGUGAAGAUGCUAUCGAUCUUGCCACUGCGCUGGACCAGUACGAAGAGGAUGAGGCAGAGGAGCGCAGGGAGAGGAAUAAGAAAAAGAAGGCUGAGGGAUUCGGUGACAGCGAUGACGAGCUCAGCGGUAGCGACAAUGGAGGAAACAUGGAGUCAGAUGUUUCAUCUGACGAUGAGGAAGAUGAUGACGACCGUCAGGCUCAACUGCAGAACUUGAUCUCGUCUUUAGCGACAAAAGAGGACGAAAAGACAAAAGGCAGGAGAGUUGAUGUUCACGAGUCUGCUGCACCCGAUGAGUUUGGUGUUUCCAGGAAGGUCGAUCUUCUCAGCUUCAAGCCCAAGGUUGCAGACGCAGAGAAGAAAAAAGCCCUCAAGUUGCUGCAGGAUGACAAGUCAUCAAAGCGGAAUGAUAUUGCUAGAAAAUUGGAUGCACCUCUACCAAAGCGACAGCAGGACAAGAUCGACCGCGCUGCAGCCAAUGCCAAAGCAAACGAGACACUCGACAGAUGGACGGACACUAUUAAGCGUAAUCGCCGGGCUGAGCACCUUAUGUUCCCUCUGAAGAAUGCAAGUGGAGGUGAACCCAUGGGAGAGAAGACACUGCUACCCACAACAACCGCAGCUCCUGCCAAUGACCUCGAGAGUACCAUUCAAUCCAUCCUUCAGCAAAGCGGUCUAUCAAAUGGCCAAGAGGACGAGGAUAAGAUAGCGAAAUGGGAAGAGCUACAGACGAACAAACUUCCUGUAGAAGAGGUUCUUAGGCGACGUGCUGAACUGCGAAUGCAGCGAGAGCUCAUGUUCCGCGAAGAGGUUCGCGCCAAGCGCAUCAAGAAGAUCAAGAGUAAAGCGUAUCGACGAGUGCACAGAAAGGAGCGCGAAAGGAUGUUGGAGAAGGAGCGCGAACAACUCAAGGCAGACGGUGUUGAUCUCUCAGAAGAGGAGCGCGAAUACAAUGAUCGCCGUAGAGCCGAAGAGCGCAUGGGUGCCAAGCAUCGCGAGAGCAAAUGGGCCAAGGGCAUCAAGGCAACAGGAAGAGCAAACUGGGAUCAAGAUGCGCUUGACGGUGUGACUGAGAUGGCUAGGCGCAACGAGGAGCUUCGCCGCCGAGUCGAGGGCAAAGUUGUCCGCGACGAUGAUGAAGAAGGCUCGGAUCUUCCCAGCGAGGAAGAAGAGAGCGAUGAUGACGAUGAUGACCAGUCCGACAAUGACAAAUUGCAGCAAUCGCUCGGCAAGCUGAAGGAGAACCCAUUCUCUACUGGCAAGUCGAAGAUUGCGGAUAUGGCCUUUAUGAAAAAAUCAGAAGCUGCCAAGCGCGUACAAAACGACGAGGCUGUUGAGAGCCUGCGGCGUGAACUUGCGGGCGAAGACAGUGCUAACGAAGAGGUUGAUGAGAAUGCGGCAAAGGCUGGACGGAGAAGAUACGGUCCUAAUCCCGAUGUUUCUGCUCCUGCGAUACAGAUCAAUCGCAGCGAGUUCGAAGAGCAUGCCAGAUCAGACAAUGAGGACGCACAGGUAAAUGUUGACGGCGAUGCAUCGGAUGUGGAACAGAGGCCAGCGCCAAAGAAGAACGGUGUUAAUGGGCUAUCUAAUGGUACCCGUAAGCAGCACAAGGCUUUUGCGCAACCUCUGCCUGAGGAAGAUGCAAGUGGCGCGGCGAACCCCUUCUUGAACAAAGCAAAGAAGGAGAGGAAGGCCACGAAGGAACCCGAGCUCUUCCCAGCACCGGCAACCACGAAGCCUGCUGCUUCAGAGAAAUCCAAAGCCCAAUCCAAGCCGACUCCAAAGGCCAAAGAACAGAAGAAGUCAAAGUCAGCCUCGCAGCCCCAAGAAACCAAAGUCGACGAAUUCCUCAAACAGCGCGUCACCACCGCCGAUGACGACGGCUGGGCAACUGUCCUAGGAGGACAAGACGACGACUCCGACCAAAACGACGCCGCCCUUGAAGAAGAAGGCAUCGACCUCGACCUCGUGCACCGCAACCAAGCCCUCACCGCCAAAGGUUUCGCCGGCGACAACGUCGAAGCCACCUUCUCGGCCGAAAAAGCCGCCACAAUUGCCGAAGAAGAAUCUUCCGAAACAGUCUCCUACCUCCCCGGCUGGGGCGCCUGGACCGGCCACGGCAUGUCCAAAGCCGAGCAAAAGCGCAACCUCGGCGCCAAAUCCGUCACUCAAAAACCAGGCAUCAGCGCCGAUAAGCGCAAAGAUAGGAAGUUGGAUAAAGUCAUUAUCAACGAGAAGAGGGUUAAACCUACGGUCAAGUAUAUGGCGGGCACUUUGCCGUUUCCGUUUGAGAAUAGGGAACAGUAUGAGCGCAGUUUGCGGGUGCCAAAGGGGAAAGAGUGGGUUACGAAGAAGACGCAUCAGGAUGUUACGAGGCCGAGGGUGAUUGUUAAGCAGGGAGUCAUUAAGCCGUUGAGGAAACCGUUGGUUUAG